GAAGCGAUCACGAGGCGGCUUUUGUUGACAUCAAGAUAAAGCCACACAGAAACCCAGAAGAAAUUGCAUCAAGUGAGACACAUUUAGCAGUGCGAAGAAUGUGGUUACUUGACCAGACAAAAGAGGAGGAUUGGCAGAAUUAUAGAGCAACAUUGUGGAAGCUCGUAGAUAGCAAAAUUCCGUCCUUUCUAAAGGAACCCCCUAAAUUAGUGAUAAAAUAA